AUGGACAAACACACCACAACACGCAGUGGUGUCGCCGACGAAACCAGAAGCAGAACAACACAUGCGUCCACCAAGCCAUUGACGAGGCCAACCGCACCGAGACUCUCUACCAGUACCCGUCCGAGUACGACCUCGUCCGUGGCCAAGACAGUCGGUGGAGGGUCACUCAGUAAGCCUCCUGCGCGCCCAGCUACCACCGCCACCACCACCACCACCACCACAGUGCGAAGACCUCCUAGCUCAACCGCAUCUUCUACAACUGCAGCACAUCAGAAAAGACCGUCGGUGAGCUCGGUGGACGAGAAACCCUCCGGUGAUGAGAAGACGAGAGCUGGCAUAUCUGCGAGGCCGAAGAGAGCGUCAGUGGCACCAUCGACCAGUGCGGAACGUAGCUCGACUUUGAAAACAGUUGCUGCCACCCCUGCUCGGCGUACAACGAUCGCCCCCGCCUCCUCAACGAGACAGAGUGUUACGAGUCCGUCCGGCGCCCGGAAAGCGCCUUCUACCCCCAAUACCUCACGGAGCGGUAUCACACCUCGGUCGAGACCACUGGUGUCAUCUACUUCCAGGAAUGCCGUCGGCGCUGGCGCCCUGGCCGAGAAGAAACGCUUGAGCACAAUCCCCGCCUCUCCAGCAGUCAAGAUAGACGUGGAGGAGCCUGAAGAUAACAAGGAAAAUGCAUCAUCACAAGGGGAAGAGAAACCGAAGGCCCCUGUGCGUCCUGCACUGGGGUCGAGGCAGUCGACACGGUCCGUUAUGAUCGAACAGAAGAUACGAGAGUUUGAGUUGGUGAACACUAUGCUGCAGGCCGCCAUGACUGCCGACGGAGUGGAAGAUGAAGAACAAGAAUUGAUCAAACAAGAAGCUUCAUCUACCAUUGCAAAGCUCAAGUCAGACCUGGCAAAAGUGCGCGAGUUUGAACGGGUUCAUGGACGGUUGCCGACUGAAGCAGAGCUGGAGGACGCCCAGUCUGCAAAAGAAGAAGCUGAACCCACAUCACCUACUGAUGAGCAGGAAGCGGAGGCUCCAAGCGCCGAAGGACCACUUGUAGCAGAAUUGCAGCAUGAGCUGGCUCAGUCUGAAGCGCAUGCCGAAGCCUUACAGGCCGAAUUGAUGGGCUUGAAGACGAAACUCGAGGACUCCAGCAAGACCGCAGACGAAGAGAGUGGCCGCGUGCAGGAGGUGACCGAGGCCAUCCGAGCCGAGUAUGUUGCGAAGAUCGCCGAGAUGACAUCCCUCCACGAGGAACAAGUCCGGAAAUUGGAAUCUACGCAUCAGAAUUCGGUGCAAGAGUUGCGCAACACUCAAGAAUCCGGAACGGAAACCUUGAAAAAGUCUUUUUCUCACCAGCUCGCGGAAAAAGAAUCCAAAUUUGAAGAACUGAAAUCUCAGCUGGAUGAAGCCCUCAAGGCUGCUUCCGCAGUUAGCUUGUCGAAAGAGGCCGAAGUUGACAAACUGCGGGCCGAAUUGGAGGAAAUGCGUACAGCUACUGCGAAGGAUCAGGCAGCGAAAGAUGCUGAAAUUGAAGCACUCAAGCUCGACUUGGAGACGAAGAAGAUCGAUUCAGAGGCAGCCAGCCAAACCUCCCCGUCUCCUGCUUCAUCACCGGCUCACAAUCAGGAGCUGGCGGACGCCCAGCAGAAACUCGCAGCGGCUAAGGCUAGACAUCAAGCGGCGAAAGAGAAUGCAAAAUCCAAGAUUGCGAGGUUGCAAGAAGACUUUGACAACAAGGUGAAUGCACUAGAGGGAAAGCAUAAGGAGCAGAUCGGCGAACUCCAGGACAGACAAAAGCAGGCGGAACAGGACGUAACCAACAAGCAGAAAGAACUCGCUCAGCAGCAGGAGGAGUAUGCAAAGGUUUCGGAGGAGAUGGCACGCCAAAGCCAGGUCAUGCAAACGUUGAGGGACCAAGUCCUGGACUUUGAGCAGAGCAAGAAAGUUGAAAGCGACGCGCAGACUGCCUUGAUUACUCAGCUCCAGGAUGAGAUCAAUCAUUUGAGACAAGAAAAAGCAGACGAGGCUGCUACUGCCGCCUCGUCACUCGCCGCCGCCGAAAAGGCACACGUCGAGAAGAUCCAGGCCACUGAAGAUCGAUUAAAUCAGGUGCAAAAGGACCUGAAGAAUGCCGAGGCUUUGCAUGAAAACAAGCUUCAAGAAGUCCUCAAGAAAUCGGCUGACGACCUGAGUGCGGCGAAUGCCGAGCUUGAAACGUCCAAGACAUCACACGCCGACAGGCUUCACACGCUGGAAGCAGAUGUGCAGAAGGCCAAUGAGUUAGCCGCAAUGAAACAGUCCGAAAAUGACGGAGCACUGUCUGACCUGCAACAUCAGCUGGACACGGCAACAACUGCUCUGAAGGAAGCUAUGACAAAGCAUGAAUCAUUACUAAAGGAGCACGAAUCAACGGGCAGCGCCGCCCAAGAUGAACUGGCUGUUCUCAAAGCCACCCAUUCUGAAGAACUCGACCGACUUCGGACCGAAUACCAGAUGAAGCAUGACGAAGAAAUUGCUGCCUUGGAAAUGAGGCAUGCUGAGCAGGUCCAACAACUCGAGCAGAAGAUCCAUUCGUCUCAGAAGGAAUUGGCCACCGUCAAAGAAACCCACGCAGGCCAGAUCAAGCAACUGGAGCAGCAGACGAAAGCAUCUCUCGCAGAUCUGGAGACUCUGGAAGCGGGACAUCUGGAAGAACUCGAUCGCGUGAAGACUGAGGCGGAGCAACUGCGGCUGAAAGCUGCCGAGGAGGCGGAGCUGAAAUAUACCGAAAAGCUUCAACAACUGGAGAAACGGCUCAGUGCUGCUGAAGCAGAACUAUCAGAGGCCCGAUCAACAUAUGCCAAGCAGAUUGAAGACUUUGAGAAGCAGAAAGGGUUGGACCAGGAAAGUGCCCUAGACGCCCUCAAAGAGUCUCACUCUAUUGUCCUCAAAGAUCUGGAGGAGCAAUUGAGGCUCGCUCGAGAGGCUGCAGAAACAGUUACGGCUGACCACGCUGAACGGCUCAAGCAGGUAGAACAACAGCUGUCGGCUCGCCACGCCGAGGAACUUGAGUCCUUGAGAACAGAGCAUGCCACAAAGCUAGAGGAGGCCGAGAACCUAAUAGAGCAGGCUCUGGAGGAAGUCCGGUCGAGCCUUCUCGAGGAAAACCGUCAACUCGUAUCACAAUCGAAAUCCCUCCAGGCGGAUCUCGACGGCACAAGAUUCCAGAUUCAAAGCCUGAAAAGCAUCCUGCAGUCCAUGGAGGAGGAGGCCGGAGAAAAAGACCAAGAGCAUGCCGUUACUGUCGAAAAGAUGGAACAAGAGUUGUCAAUGUCGGUCAUGAAGCUGGCAGAACAAUCCGCUCGGAUGAUGGAUCUUAAAAUGCAGCAUGACCAAGCUUUGGCCGAGGCAAAGAAGGUUCUACAGGAUCAGUCUCGGCAAGAGAUGGAGAAUCUACGAGCCGAUCAUGAAAAGGCGCUGGCAGACCUUCGAAGUACUUUGAAGAGUGAGCAUAACCAGCUGAUUGACAAGAUUCGAGGGGAACAUGCCACAUCCGUCGAAGCAAGCCAAAGCGAACGUCAAUCUGAACAUGAGGAAAUCGAGAAGAAGCUGAAGGAAGAACACGCCCGGCAACUAGACGAGGUCAUGAAAGCCUUGGAGACUCAGUGGAAGGCCCAAGUUGAAUUGCUGGAGGAACAGAACGCGGCCGCUGGCGCCCGCCUCGCACAAGCCAUAAAGGAUCAUGAGGAAGCUUUGCAAGCCACCAAGUCGGAGCACGACGCCACGGUUGCCCGACUACAAUCUCAGUUACAGGAUGCUCACGCCGCGACGCAGGACACCACAGAGCUCGAAGGGCUUCGCGGUCAACUCUCCAACGUGCAGACCCAGGUCAAAGAGAUCGAGCAGAAACACGCGGAAGCAAUGAUACUGAUUCAGGAUCGAGAAUCCACUCUGGCUGUGAUGAAGCAAGAGCUCAAUGCCGCACGUGAAGCAGCGGAGAAAAGACGUGACCCGGCGGAGGUAGAAGAGCUCAACAACAAAUUCAUUACUGCCCAAAAUGCCCUCGACGACCUGCAGGUCCAGCAUGACCAAUCGGUCCGUGAUGUCCAAGCGGAAUAUGAUGGCAAACUCGAAGAACUUUUCACCGAGCUCAACGCCGUGAAGGAGGACAAGCAACAGGCGCAGCUUCCUGACACCACGGAGCUUGAUGCCGUCACUGCCAGGCUUGAGGACGCGAAGAAGACGAUCACCUCUCUGGAGACCCAACUGGAUGGAGCAAUGCUCGAAGUCGAAACGCAGCGGCACCUGGCAGAGGAUGCCCAGAAGGAGGCCGAGCAAAUCAAGCAACUCCAAAAGCAGAUGGACGUUGUCGCCCUCCCAAGUCCCAAGUCACGACGAAAGAGCCGCAGUCCGAAGCGGAGGUCGAUGAAUCCUCUGUCUCCCGGAAUUCCCCAGCAGGGUCUCGAAUCCAGCAGAUGGGCCAGCGAACCAGACAAAGACCACGCCGCGGCAGGUGAUGCCACGCCUUCCAGCACUACUGGACAAGCUGUUCCUCCAGCAGACACCGCUUCUGGUGUACAGCAAGGCCAGGGCGCGAAUGAUGUGGUUGAUACAGCCACCGAGACUACAUCAGCCGGUCCAGACGGGCCAGCUGCCGCCGCCACCAAAGCAACGACCGGCAAGCGCAACGUUGCCGGCCAGCUGGCGGGGAUCCAAGAGCAGAUCAAGCAACUAGACGAUCUCAGCGAGGAUUUUCUCGAAGAACAUCAGAACAUGGCGAAGAUGUUGAGUCGGGUGGACGAUGGGACCACCAAUGUCAGCACCAGCACAGUCAAGGUCGAAGAGGACGAGAAUGAUGAGUGA